AUGGGAAUUUUCGAAAAAUCCAACAAAACGAUAAUUACAGAAUAUUUGGAUCAAUGCGUUCUUAAGGCAGAAGACGACUGGGGAUUGAUAAUCUCCGCUUGUGAUGCAGUUAACGCAUCGGAUAACGGCGCAAAAGAAGCGGUAAAAUUCAUUAAGAAGAAGAUAUCCAAACAGCAACCUCCCAAUGUACAAUACAAAGCUCUAAGUAUACUGAGAGCUAUGGCAGAUAAUUGUGGGGCAAAGUUUCAUGGCAAGUCCGAAAUUGCAUCAAAAAAGUUUUUGGAUGAGCUAGAGCUUGUGGCAAUCUCUUCUCAAACUGAUCCUCUCGUCAAGGAAAAGAUAAUCGGAAUAUUGGGAGAAUUAUCCGUGAUGUUUGAAGACGAACCGAGCUUGUGGCAGGUUUCUUACCUCUUCGGCAGGCUCGCCGGUGCAUCCGUUCAACGUCAAUCGACCACCAUUGAACCUCAACAAUACUCGAACCCCACGAGAACUACACCCGCGAAGCCUUCAUUAGAGAAGAUUGUAGAAGACGUCGAGCUGGCAAAGAAUAAUACUCAGUUAUUUACACAGAUGAUUUCAUUCACUGAUCCUGAGGUGGAGGAUAUCACAAAGAAUGAACUGAUCCAGGAAUUUCGAGGGAAAUGCGAAACGUUAAGAAAAACUAUUAUGCAAUAUAUUUCUGUAACACAGGAUGAACAAUGGUUAAAUACUCUAAUUUCGACAAACCAGGAUAUCGUGAAUGCAUUUAAAAUGUAUAACGAGAUGGUGGAGCGAGGUCAAAUUACGAUGGCUAAAGAAAAAUCAAAGGAUACAGCCUUUAGAACUGAUUACGAUCACGAAGAUUCGGAAAAUCAUGCCGGAGUUGGGGGAAGCGGGACAUCAAAACUAGAUCCAUUUUCUGAUGUAAAUGAAAUAAAUCCUGAUUCAACGGCUCCGCGUAGGAGUGAAAGAUCUCGAGGUAAAAUGCCUGCAUCUAUUUACCAUGACGAAACGUUAUUCGAAGAGGAUGAAUCGGAUUUGAAUGAUAAAUCCCAAUAUCCUCCUAAUUUGACCGAAUACGGAAACAAUGGUAGUAAUAACACCAAUGGACGACAGGAGCAUGCGGUUAUUUGA